AUUGAGAAAAUUAUUAGGCUUUUAUAUUUCUUUCCAUGGAAGUUUUCAAAAUUCGCGCGCAAUGUCAUUGUUCGAAUACGCAUGCGUAAUCUCAAUAAGUCACUGCAUAUGCGCAAUUAAACAAAGACACAAGAGACGAUUUGCAGCAUUCUCUUUCUAUUAUUGUCUCUAAAUUGUAUGCCAUCAUUAGUGUAGCUCUUGUAAAGAAAAACUCAAUAGAAAAAGUCACAUGUAUUAUGGGAAUGGCGCGACUUAUGAUGAAACAUGGGUGAGGGUAACAGGAGAAUGAGCUCAGUUCGUGACUGCAAACCUGUCAACGCAACAGUUCGCACGAAAUUGCCUUAGAAACUACUUGCUACUAUUGGCUUUUGGAAAGUUCUCUGGACAUAGUGUUGUGGAGAUAAAGGGCGUAGUUAACGGAGGAAAGGAUGAGUUACUACGGCGAUGGAGCUCCUCUCGAUGAUGUAUUCGUUAAAGCGGCGGUGGAAGUGAAACGGUUCCUUCCGUCGCUGUUCAACAUUAAAGUGUUGGGAGAAAAAGGAUCUGGCUUCAGACCCAGAGGAGCAGUUCAAGACUUCAACACACUUAGAAGAGAAUGUCUGGCAUCAGGCACUCUCUUUGAUGAUCCAGAAUUCCCAGCAGAUGACACAUCAUUAUAUUUUUCAAGAAGACCAGAUAGAUAUAUAGAAUGGAAACGACCAAUGGAAAUUGUAGACAACCCUCAGCUAUUUGUAGAAGGGUUCUCCAGAUUCGAUGUACAACAGGGAGAACUGGGAGACUGUUGGCUUCUGGCAGCAGUCGCGAAUCUUACCAUGGAUGCCAAUUUAUUCUUCCAAGUGGUUCCAGAGGACCAGAGCUUUGAUGAGAAUUAUGCUGGUAUCUUUCACUUCAGAUUUUGGCAAUAUGGCAGAUGGGUAGACAUCGUAAUUGACGAUAGACUGCCAACUUAUCAUGGAGAAUUAGUAUACCUCCGCUCAGCAGAGAGCAGCGAAUUUUGGAGUGCCCUAUUAGAAAAAGCCUAUGCCAAACUCCAUGGUUCAUAUGAAGCGUUAAAGGGUGGAAGUACUUGUGAGGCCAUGGAAGAUUUCACUGGCGGGGUGACAGAAAUGUACCAAAUGGAUCAGACACCUCCAAACCUCUUCAGUAUAUUACUGAAAGCAUUUGAAAGAAAUUCCUUAAUGGGUUGUUCAAUUGAGCCUGAUCCAAAUGUAUUGGAAGCAGAGACACCUCAGGGAUUGAUCAGAGGCCAUGCUUACAGUAUUACACGUGUAAAACAUGUGGAAAUUCAGACACCAAAUCAGUAUGGAAGAAUUCCUCUACUUAGGCUCAGAAACCCAUGGGGCAACGAGGCUGAAUGGAACGGUCCAUGGAGUGAUCAAUCUCCAGAAUGGAGAUUCAUUCCUGACCAUGAGAAAGAAGAACUGGGUUUGACCUUCGAUAUGGAUGGAGAGUUUUGGAUGUCCUUCCAGGAUUUCACAAAAUACUUUACCCAAUUAGAAAUUUGUAACUUGAAUCCAGAUUCAUUGACAGAGGAUGAUUUGAAUGCUGGUAAGAAAAGGUGGGAGAUGAGUGUUUUUGAAGGAGAAUGGGUACGUGGCGUCACUGCUGGAGGCUGCAGAAACUUUUUAGAAACAUUCUGGCAUAAUCCACAGUACCGUAUUACCUUGGAGUAUCCUGAUGAGGAUGAUGACAAAUGUACAGUCAUUGUUGCAUUAAUGCAGAAGAAUAGAAGAGCACAGAAGAGAAUGGGUGCAGAGUGUUUGACCAUUGGGUUUGCAAUAUACCAUUUGGAGUAUCCAGAACGAUUACCAAAACCUCUAGACGUUAAUUUCUUCAAGUACAACGCCUCAGUAGCAAGAUCCCCAGCAUUUAUAAACCUAAGAGAAGUAACUUGCCGCUUUAAGUUGCCACCUGGGGUCUAUUGUAUAGUGCCGAGUACAUUUGAUCCUAAUGAGGAAGGAGAAUUCUUGUUGAGAAUAUUCUCUGAAAAUAAAAAUAAUAUGGAAGAGAAUGAUGAGGAAGUCGGUAUCGGAGAAGUUGAUGAUAGGGUACAAGAUGAGCCAGAGCCAGACAGAAACGCAGAAAAAGUUCGUGAAUUCUUCAAGAAACUUGCUGGUGAUGAUAUGGAAGUGGAUUGGAUGGAACUGAAAGAAAUCUUAGAUUUUGCUAUGCGAAAAGAACUACCACAGUCGGUGCGUCGUAGUGAGGCUCAUGAAACUGUACAAGGAGAUGGUUCGUUUAUCGACACUCUCAUCUCACUGCUGUGCGGCAUUGUUUGUAAUAAUGAACAGUACAAUAAGUCCUUAGAAACCCACGAUAAAGGAUUCAGUAAGGACGUGUGUCGCAGCAUGGUUGCCAUGCUAGAUGUUGAUCACUCUGGUAAACUAGGAUUCGAAGAGUUCAGAACUUUAUGGAAUGAUAUAAGAAAAUGGAGGGCUGUAUUCAAAUUGUAUGACAAAGACGAAUCAGGAUUCUUGAGCGCAUUCGAAUUGCGACAAGCUUUAAAUAGUGCAGGAUAUCGGUUAAAUAAUCAUAUAUUAAAUAUUUUGGUCCAUCGUUAUGGAACAAAAGACGGCACGAUUACGUUUGAUGACUACAUAAUGUGUGCAGUUCGACUUAAAACAAUGAUAGAUAUUUUCAGGGAACGAGAUCCAGAUCAAACUAACACAGCUACAUUUACGAUGGAAGAAUGGAUAGAGAAGACGUUAUACUCAUAAAAAAAAAGUAUGUUACGAUUUUAAUAGCUGUUUUUCUUUUACAACAAA